AUGUCUGCGAUCACAGGAGCGGUAAGCACGUAUCAGGGUACCAACACUGUAGCUGCUGGAGUGCCAUCAAGAAGAAAGUUCAAUUGGGAAAACCUUCUUUGUUGGGAUGCAGCUGAUAACGGACUUCAAGCAUUGCGAUUCUCAUUACUUCUUUUGCACCUGCAUUCGCGACUGCCAUCGCCCAGGUCUUCUUGGAAUGCGAUGAUGAAUCCCACUGGCUACGUUGUCAUGCGUUUGCUCACCGAGCAACAACGAAAGUCGUUACGUCGUGGGCUUCUUCUAUCGACAGAAGGCGUUGCGAAUGCUCGCCGCUUUGCGCUUCUAGGUUUAUGGAUCUAUACAUUUAUCAAGGAACUUUCACUACAGUGGCACAAGAACAAGGCCCGAACACAUGCUGCUGGUUCUAAGCAGAGAAAAGAGAAACGAGCGGAAAUGAGCACAGUAGAAAAACAUACGAAUCCCACGGUUGAAUGCUGUAUCCUGGAGGAUAACGAAAAUACCGAGUGUGUUGAGAAGCCAGCGGGACGUGAGCCAUUGUGUAUAACGGAUUUCGUCGCCUCCAUUGGCGAUUUUGUUGCACAUGUAGGCGAGUCCUUCGAUGUCGCUGCAUUUUUGCAUGGUUCGGGUCUUUUCUGGAAAGCUUUUGGCAUGAAGAAUAUCGCGGAACUGCCGCCGUGGCUUCAGCGUCGCCGACGUGGACUGGAACGUGUGGGUGUAUUUGUGUCCUUGGCCGCCUUGAUAAUACAGAUAUAUGUGGCACAUCGCCGACGCAAGGGCAUCAUGCGGGAAAUGAUGCACAGUGUGAAAGCGAUGCGGCGGGAAAUUAAGCGCAUGGAUGAAGAUCGCGAUGCAGCACGAGAACUCGUGCCACGCGCGCGGCUCAGCGUCGAGCAAACAUAUAACACACUAAUAGCCGAGCGCCGUCGCUUACGGUGGCUCAGCAUUGAGCAAUGGUGCUUGUAUGGUGACAUGGCAUUCACACUCACGGAGGCCUGGGCACCAACCAACGACAAUGAGCUGCUUGAAGCGAGCACUGGCCUCUUUGCCGCGAUCCUACGCAUGCUACGUUUCUGGAACGAAAUUCGAUUCGGCUCACUGGACAUCUAA